AGAAGCAAAACAUAUCAAUGUCUGACAUGGAGUUUCUCAUCUAUGUUUUCUCAUCAGUAGUACUGUUGUUGUCGGUACUAAUGUUUAUAUUUGUCUCGAAAAGCCUGGGGCAAAACCCUGAUCUGAAUCUUCCACCAGGUCAAUCCGGUUGGCCUUUCAUUGGCGAAACAAUCGGUUACUUGAAGCCAUACACAGCCACCACAAUAGGUCAAUUCAUGGAAGAACAUAUAUCCAGGUACGGAAAGAUCUUCAGGUCCAACUUGUUUGGAGAGAAGACAGUCGUGUCGGCCGAUCCUGGUCUAAACAAGUACAUAUUACAGAACGAAGGAAGGUUAUUCGAGUGCAGCUAUCCGAGCAGCAUAGGUGGGAUUCUUGGAAAAUGGUCGAUGUUAGUCCUUGUUGGGGACAUGCAUAGAGACAUGAGAAUGAUCUCUUUAAACUUCCUUAGUAAUCAUAGGCUUAGGACACUUGUCUUGCCUGAGGUUGAGAAACAAACCCUUUUCGUCCUCAAUUCUUGGAAACUCAAUUCCCACGUCUUUUCAGCUCAGCACGAGGCUAAAAGGUUUACGUUUAACUUGAUGGCGAAGAAUAUAAUGAGCUUGGAUCCAGAGAAUACACAGACUGAUGAACUGAAAAAAGAGUAUACCACUUUCAUGAAAGGAGUCAUAUCUCCUCCUUUAAACUUGCCUGGGACUGCUUAUAGCAAGGCCUUAAAGUCUCGAUCCAGGAUUCUUAAAUUUAUCGAGGAAAGAAUGGAGGAAAGGAAGAUUGAAACAACAAGAUUAGUAUUGAAUGGUGAGGAACAACAAGAAGAAGAUGUUGAUGAUCUAUUGUGGUGGGUCUUAAGGAAUUCAAAUCUAACAAAGGAACAAAUCCUAGACUUGGUCCUUAGCUUGCUUUUCGCCGGCCACGAGACAUCUUCGAUUUCCAUUUCCCUCGCCAUCUACUUCCUUAGCUCUUGUCCCGACUCUGUUCGUCGGUUGAGAGAAGAGCAUAGUGAGAUUGCAAGAGACAAGAAACAAACAGAGUUAAAUUGGGAUGACUACAAGAAAAUGGAGUUUACUCAAUGUGUAAUUAAUGAGACAUUAAGGUACGGUAACGUUGUAAGAUUCCUUCAUAGAAGGGCUAUAAAGGACAUCAAGUACAAAGGAUAUGACAUUCCACGUGGGUGGAAAGUUCUACCAGUGAUUGCAGCCGUGCAUUAUGAUCCAUCAGUUUUCGACAAUCCUCAUCAAUUCGAUCCAUCGAGAUGGCAGAGUAGGAGUAGAGAAGUGGCGUCGGUUAUGAACAACAACUUCAUGCCGUUUGGGGGAGGGGCUCGGCUUUGUGCGGGGUUAGAGCUGGCCAAAUUGGAAAUGGCCAUUUUCAUUCACCAUCUUGUUCUUAAUUUUCAUUGGGAGCUUGUUCAACCGGUAGACCAUCCUCUUGCUUACCCUUUCCUAGAUUUCCCCAAAGGUCUUCCAAUUAAAGUAUGGCCUUGCACCACUUUAUAA